AUGUGUCAUGGCUCAGUUUUCUCUUAUUUAGUGCCUGUGAUAGAGAGCAUAGCUUCUGUUAAGCAAGAAGGAAGCACCUGCGACAGAGAGAAACUGUUAGAAGUCAGCAAUGGCGAGUCAUCAUCCAGCGAUGGCCGGCUGACUUCAUUGCGCAGAUUUUAUGAGGGCUUGUUUGAUACAAAAGGGCGCCUGCGACAGAGAGAAACUAUGCUAGCUUGUCUUGAUCCAACACUGAUUGCAUUUUUUCAAUAUACAUUUCCAGCACAUAAAGUUAAAGCGUCUGAUAAUUAUCGGAAAACACUUGAUCUGGCUUUGAAUACGGCUAACAAUCAGGAAAUAAAAGAUAAGCUCAAAAUAAUGAGAGAAACGGCGGAUAUUCUUUGUCAUAAUGUACAUAGUACCAAUCUUAAUCUUCACAAAGAGAUAAACAUAUUGUCAUUAAACAAGGACGAAUCAUUGGCAAAAAAUACCAACUUAGGUGUAAGUAAAGAAGAUCAAGAAGAUCAGAAAGAGGAAGAUAUAAACGAAAUCGAAGAAUUUUUUAUAAGCAAAGGUAAUGAUGACAAGGUUUAUAAAGAUGGUAUCGAUGAUGGCGACAGUGAUAAUAGAACGUGGAGAAGAAAAAUCAACUAA